AUGAGCGCUUUACUGUGUAGACCCCCGUCCUUCUACCAAUUGACUUCCUGGGUGCCGUGGUGGAUCGUUGUGACUGGUAUACUUGGCGUUGUCGUCCUCCUCCGAGUCGGUCGAAACCUUCGAGCUGGUCGCAAGACGCCUGCGCCGCUUCCUCCUGGUCCAAAGGGAUUGCCCAUCCUCGGUAACCUUUUUCAGAUACCUAUUCACCAGCCAUGGAAGGUUUAUCAUAGCUGGAAAGAAACGUAUGAGUCAGUGGAGCUCAAGGAUCAAAUACAAGGGGAUAUAAUUUACCUUGAAGCGCUGGGUCAGAGGAUUCUCGUUCUGAAUUCGCUUGCUUCCAUUGAAGCUCUCCUCGUGAAACGGGCGGCAAACUACUCUGACCGUGCUGGGAGUGUAAUCACUGAUCUGAUGAGAUUUGGAUGGCUGUUUGGUUUGAUGAAUUAUGGCUCGGAGUGGAGAGAACGAAGACGGGUGUUCCACCAAUUCUUCAACCACAGCGAACAGCACCACCCGCUCAUCGAACACGAGAUCGGCAAUUUCUUACGGCAAUUGACUAAGAGACCUACGGGUUACAAGGAGGAAGUGCGAACAAUGCUAGGAACCCUUAUCAUGCGACUUACCUACGGGGCCGAGGAUAACGAGUACAACAAGCGCUUGAUCCAUGCCGCCAGUGCAGUCGCCAUAGGGUUUACGAAAUACUCGGUCCCUGGCGAGUUGCUGGUUACUAGCUUCCCUCUUUUGCGAUAUGUGCCAUCCUGGUUUCCCGGCGCGGGAUGGAAGUCCAAGCUAGAAGAGCUGGCUGUGAUCAACGAUUAUAUCCAUGGCCAACCGUUUGAUGAUGCGAUUGAAAGAGCGAAAUCUGGGAAACGCGAGGAGUUCCCUAGUUUUAUGUCGAAUGUACUUCAGACCCUGCCACCGGAAGAAGACCCCGAACGGCCUCGUCAAGAGGGAGUAGCUCGAGAUGUCGCGGCUGGUGCUUAUGCUGGUGGGUGCAGGUCGAUUCCUCUCCAUGCUCCGGAAUGGCUGAUCGUCUCUGUCGACAACGCCAUUGCAAGUUCUGCAAACGUCCUCGCGGUGGCACUUGCUCUGCACCCGGACGUUCAGGAAAAAGCGCAAGCAGAGAUUGAUGCGGUCGUAGGCUCAGACAGACUUCCUGAAUUCUCCGACUUGGACCAUCUGCCUUACAUUCAGGCGAUUGUCAAGGAAUUCAGCCCCGAGAGGUUCUUGGAGAACGAAAAGUUAAACCCUUCCGUCCUGGAUCCUGAAGUUGCGAUAUUUGGUUACGGGCGAAGGGUAUGUCCUGGUCGCCAGCUGGGUAACGACAUUCUCACAAUUCUGGCGGCUCGUCUUCUCGCUUGUUUCAACGUCAAGCAGGCCUUUGAUGAAGCCGGAAACCCCAAGCCUAUCAGCGCUGAAAUGACUUCGACUUUCAUUUCGUUGGUGUUUCGCCUUGUUCAAGCGGCGAUAGAGACUGAUCUACGGAGUGGUGUAGGGCGCCCUUGCCGUUUGAUUGCAAUGUUGUACCUCGCUCUUCAAGCCAUUUAG